AUGCAUGCGAUAAUACACAGUCUGUACAGCACAAUCGGCAUUGAUUUCCCUGCCUUCAGCGCCCCCUCUGGCCCACAUUCCCGCAGCUCUCCUCUCCACUGCCACCACGGCGCCAGCCAUCCGCUACACCUGUUCCGUACCGCGCUCUCUGGUCCCACGCUCUCUACUCCAGCGCUCUCUCUCUCCGCGGCGUCACUGCCUCCGCUCACUGCGGUCGAUUCGCCAUCCGUGUCUCCCGCGUCCUCCGCAUCUCCCUCCCUCCAUCCAUCGCGCCCGUCUUCUCGACCGUCGUUCCUUCGCGCGGCGGCGCCCGCGAAGAUCGAGAUCCGCGGGUUGACGCGGAGGGCGGCGAGCACGGGCGCGGUGAUCCUGGACGGGGUGGCGCUGCGCGUGGCGCGCGGGGAGCUGUUCGGGCUGAUAGGGCCGUCGGGCAGCGGCAAGUCCACGCUGCUGCGCGCCAUCAACCGCCUGUGGGAGCCCACACGUGGCACCGUGUGGGUGGACGGCUGUGACGUCACCACCAUGGACGUGCAGCAGCUGCGGCGCCGCGUGGGCAUGGUGUUCCAGAGCCCGCACCUCUUCCCCGGCACGGUGGCAGACAACGUGAGGUACGGGCCGGGGCUGCAGGGCGUGGCGGUGGGGGUGGAGGAGCAGCAGAGCUUGCUGCUGCGCGCAGGGCUCGACCCGUCCGCCGACUUCCUACAGCGUGCCGCCCACGAGCUGUCGGGCGGCGAGGCGCAGCGCGUGUCCAUCGCACGCGCCCUCGCCAACUCGCCCCAGAAACACCUCCAUCGUGCGCCCCGCCCCCUCGCCUACUCCCCCCAGGUUCUCCUGCUGGACGAGCCCACGAGCUCACUGGACCCCACAGCCACGCGCAAGGUGGAGGAGACGAUAGAGCGGCUGCGACGAGAGGAGGGGCUGACGGUGGUGCUGGUGUCGCACAGCAUGCCGCAGAUCGAACGCGUGGCGGACGUCACCGCUCUGCUCAGCCAGGGCCGCGUGGUGGAGGUGGGGCCGCCGGGGGAGCUGAGGGAGAGCGAUAACCCCGAUGUCGCUAGCUUCUUCACUGGGGAGCUCAGCUGA